GAGCGCACGACGUGGGCGCGCAGGUGUUUUGCGGCGGGGCGGUGUCACGCAGACUCACGCCCCCCACCCCCCCUUCUUCUUUUGAAACUGUCAGUCAUCGAAGCCGCAGAACUCGGCACGGCAUCGUGUCCAGGACGCGCGCACUAUGCCGGGACUGCUGCUCGGAGAUGUAAUCCCGAAUUUCGAGGCUGACACCACCCACGGGAGAAUCAGACUGCACCAGUUUCUCGGGGAUUCAUGGGGAAUCCUGUUCUCUCACCCCAGAGACUUCACGCCUGUGUGCACCACGGAGCUGGGGCGCGCCACCAGGAUGAGCGGCGAGUUCCGCAGGCGGGGCGUUAAGAUGUUGGCGCUGUCCAUCGACACCCUGGAGGAUCACCACGGAUGGAGCAAGGACAUCCUGGCGUACAACAGUGAGGGGUCGGCGAGCGGCUUGUUGCCCUUUCCCAUCAUAGCAGACAGCAAACGGGAACUGGCAGUAGCUCUGGGCAUGCUGGACCCAGAUGAGAAGGACAAAAACGGCAUGCCUCUGACCGCCCGCUGUGUGUUUGUCAUCGGCCCCGACAAACGGCUGAAGCUGUCGCUGCUCUACCCGGCCAGCACGGGGCGCAACUUCGACGAGCUCCUGCGGGUGAUCGACUCCCUGCAGCUCACAGCGGAGAGGCGGGUGGCCACGCCGGCCGACUGGAAGCCUGGAGACUGCGUGAUGGUGCCGCCCGCCAUGUCUGAGGAGGAGGCCGCAGCUUUGUUCCCCGACGGCGUCUACAGCAAGGACCUGCCGUCCGGGAAGAAGUACCUCCGCUACACGCCGAUGUCAGCCAAGCAGACAGAGCGCACAGAAUGUAUAUACUCAACUCUGUCAAACGUGAACAUAACGAACUAGUUAGUAAUAUUGGACUUAUUUUAACUUAUAUCCACAUUUUGAACUCAUCGUAGAGUUGCAGCCUCUUUAUUUCAGUGCAGAAUUGCAGAAAUGAUGGAGCUUUUUGUGCAAAUAAACCAGCUUCUGAUUCUCCUGGCAAAACUGCUUUUACAUCACAGGACAGAAACUUGUGCCCAAUCAUCCAAUCAUCUGGACUGUACCAUGAUCCCGCCCCUCUUAUCAUAAUUAAGGUCUUUUUCGACUGUUAUCUCAGCUGUGAAGGCUUUGCAGCUCACCGGAGCUCAUUCACUCUGAUCUCCCUGACGUCCUCUCUGAGCCCAGCGGACAGGAAGGCGGAAAGGACACGAGAGUCGUGCAGGCGGGAGUCAAACAAAAAUGUUUAUUGUCAUUUAAAAAAAUUACCGGUAAAUAAAAUGACGGUUUAAGACUCCCCGGUUUGAAUUCCAGAGCGUUGUCAUUGUGACAUGUUCUCCAUGAGGGCCUGGUACUCCCUCUGGUGGGAGACCAGACGCAGAAACACUUUGUACUUUCGCUCGUAGAAACUGCAAAAAACAGGAAUAUUUUUAAAUGGGUUGUAAUUACUUUUGAAGUAAAAUAAUUUUAUUGAGAGAAGUAAAAAAAAAAUUCUAUUUGCCUAAAUUUGCAUCUUAUAGUAGAUGUAAAUCAAAAGAGGCACAGCUACCUUUGAAGCUCUCGUUCAGGCUGAACCACUCUCCCCACUUUAGCCAUUUUCCCCAUAGCCUCCUACAAAACAAACCAUAAACACAAUAAAGUCACUUUUUUAUUUUCCAUAUGAUCUAUUUAUGAGCCAACUGGAGCGGAGUUCACGGUGAAUGUGUGGCGUGGUCUGCCCGCUGCCUUAAAGCCGCCCAAAUCCCGGCUGCAGAUCCGGGCCUAGAGGAUCAGGCGCAACAACUGCCCCGCUGUAUUUAUGGUGAAAACGAGUUGACAGCUUCAGCCCGCUUCGAAUAAUACUGUCUUAUUUUUAGCAGGAGGCUGCUGUGAACUCCUGAGUCGGGUCGCUCGAACCGCACAGUUCCGUUAGAAACAGAAAAAAGCACUAAGACACCCCUGUGCUGCUCAAAUGAAAUGACUUUGAGGUCCCAAACCUAAUUAGCUUCUCGCUAUUAUUACCUUGAAAUUUAAUUAAAACUUUUUGACAAAUCAGAGUUGUUAGAUCUGAAAAAUUUGGACAUUUAGGUCAAAUUCUAAACAAAUUUAAAAUAUUAUCAAUGAGGAGAAAUAGCAUCUAAAAGUAUUCUAACCAGGUAAGGAGG